UAAACAUGCAACCGGCAGUGUGUUGGUGGCGCUAUGUUAGGCGCGCAUCCUCUGCUCUUCCAUCUGUCCCAUUCCCAGCAACCGCACGCCGUUCGCACAAGCUAAGCUUUCUUCCUAACUCAACGUCAACACGUUGUCAUUCUUCGCUUUUUGCGGCAACGGACGUGCAGCGUUUUUACGGCACUCAUCUUUCCAGUGGUUCCAGCAACAUCAAUAUUCUGCGUCCAGUUUCGGGCUCGUGUUACAAGCAUUCGGUUAGAGAGUUUGCCAACAGUGCACCAACGAUGACGGCUAGCAAAUAUCAGAUUGCGGAACGUGGCGCUCCCAACUCCACGGACUACCGGGUUUACUUCAAGAACGAAAACGGACAGUCCAUUUCACCUUUGCAUGACAUUCCGCUGUACGCGAACGAUGAGCAAACCGUCUACAACAUGGUGGUGGAGGUGCCUCGCUGGACAAAUGCGAAGAUGGAAAUUAGCUUGGCCGAGGGUUUGAACCCGAUCAAGCAGGAUGUGAAGAAGGGUAAACUGCGCUUCGUCGCCAACUGCUUUCCGCAUCAUGGCUACAUCUGGAACUACGGUGCAUUCCCGCAAACCUGGGAAAACCCCGACCAUCUCGACUCAGAUACCGGUUGCAAGGGCGACAAUGAUCCGAUCGAUGUGCUCGAAAUUGGGUCACGCAUUGCCAAGCGUGGCGAGGUAAUGCAGGUGAAAAUUCUCGGCACUAUUGCACUAAUCGACGAAGGCGAAACGGACUGGAAGAUCAUCACGAUUAACGUGAACGAUCCAGUCGCAGAUCAGCUGAACGAUAUCGCUGAUGUCGAGACGGUAUUCCCCGGUUUGCUACGUGCGUCGGUCGAAUGGUUCAAGAUCUACAAGAUCCCGGACGGCAAGCCGGAAAAUCAGUUCGCGUUCAACGGGGAAGCGAAGGAUGCUGCAUUCGCGACGAAAACGGUCUCUGAUACGCACCGGUUUUGGCAGCAGUUGUUAAAUAAGGAGGUGGAUAAUAAUGGAAUUUCUUGCCUGAACACCACCGUAGAUGGAUCACCAUAUCUGGUAGCUAAUGAUGCGGCAGAUGAAGUGUUUGCCAAGAGUGCAACCGGUGGUAAUCCCGAACCCGUUAGUGAAGCGCUUGGCAAAUGGCACUACAUAUCGUUGCAGUAAGCAAAACAAAACGGAAUGUAUCAAUAAUUGAUCGUUCCCAGUGACACAUUCAACUGCAUACAAAAGGGCACGACUGCAAACUUCAUUCGCAAACAGUGUAUGAGCUAAGGAUAAUAUUGUCAAAUCAUCACCCGAUACAGUCUGAUCGUCCAAAUCGGGAGGGUGAAAUAUUUAUUUAAUGAAACCAGCACAUUGUGUAAUGCAUGUAUGUUCGCAAAAACCAAGAAACACUUGGAGUAACGAUAGUGAGAAAUGUGUUAAUGCCAUUUAAUAAAAAACGUAUUUAACCGAAGGUUCAGCUCAAUA